AUGCCCUCAUUUGAGCUCCAUGUUUGGGGCCCGGCCUUUGGCCUCCCCUCCAUCGACGCAGAGUGUAUCGCCGCCAUUGCCUAUCUGCACAAGGCUCUUCCCAGCGCAGAAUGGACUCUCAUUCCCAGUAGCGACCCCUCCGUCACUGCAGCUCAUCGCCUCCCUGCUCUUCACUCAACGACCACAGACACAUGGUCUUCCGGCUAUGCUGCCAUUGCCGCCCAGCUCGCCCAGACGCCCUACUCUCUAGACGCAUCUCUCACGCCCGCGCAGGCGGCCGACGUGGCAGCUUACUCUUCUUAUCUCACCACACGCCUGGCACCUCUCCUCGACAUAUCACUCCACGCCCUGCCGAGGAACUGGGCGCAGACGACCCGACCCGCCUACAGCACCAUCCUGCCGUUCCCCUUAACCUGGACCCUGCCCACGGCCCUUCACGCCGCCGCUCUCGACCGUUCCGCCCCGUACCUCGCCGGCCUGACGCUGCCCGACGAAGACAGCGACGACAAGGAGACUACGAGCGCCCUCGACGCCGCUCUCAAGCACAUCCCGGCGCCGCGCAAGAAAUCCCCCCUUGAAGACCUCGCACCCACAGAAGCGGCCACCAUCCGCCUGCACGCCCUCGCCCUCGACGCCCUCGCCCCGCUCAACGCCCUGCGCGCCGAGGGCGAGGAAUCCCCAGGCACAAGACUCCGUCUCUCGCCUUCUUCUUCGUCUUCGGCCGACCCGGACACGCCCCCCACGUCCCUCGACUGCCUCGCCCUCGGCUACCUCUCCCUCAUCCGCCGCGCCCCCGUCCCCCACGACUUCCUACGCAAGGCCCUCGAGGCCAACUUCCCGACCCUCGCCCGCAUGACCGCCGACCUCGCCGAGAGGUGCCUCACCGCCCCGGGCCCCCUGCCAUGGGCCCCCGACAGCGCCACGCCGACCGUCGCCCGGACCCUCUCGCGCUUCGCCGCCGACGUGCUGCGCGUCACGCCCGUCGCGGACCCGUACUUCGUCAGCGAGGCACGACGGGGCUCCAAGUAA